UUGCAUUCUACUGUCGCUCUCUCUCCGAUUCUGUUUCCUGCACCUGUUUCCUCUCCGGUUUACGACAUCGUCUUUUUGUAGUGCCGACGUUUUAGCAUGCCACCCCAGAAUGGUAAGGAUCCGGCGGACUCGUCCAAUGCCGCCAGACAAGGUCACAACACGAAGAGUAUCGACUCGCCGUUCAAGGUUGAUCCGACAACUUACGGCAAGAGAGACGACCCCAUCUGGCAUUUCAUCUCACGAGGUCGUUAUUUGGAUGGGUCCAUUGCGGCGGGUAGAAAGAGUGGUCGUCGCUGCAUGUGCAGGUUGUGUGGCCGUUCGAUGUGUGGGGGCGCUAAGGCCGCCAAGGAACACUUCUCAAAGAGCGAGAAGUUCCGAUGUGAGGUGGCCACUCAUGCAGUGUGGUAUGCCAUCUGGUCAAAGGACAUGACAAAAUGUUUGAAGGAGUUCGUAUCGACUAUCGAGGCAUUGCAGAGCUUAUCUCACGGUCAUCCGAACUUCCAGUCCCCACCGCUACGAUACCCCAAGGACUCAGUGCCGCCCCUUGAUUUCGCCACCGCCCCCUCAGAGACGGUGCCUUCGUCCAGUCCUACCAUUCGAGUUACAGUGCCGCGUCGAAAGCCACCACGUCCACCAGCUCCAGCGUCUGCACCGCUGACAGGGACACAAGGUGCAGGUGGUUUACACGUCAGUCGGUCCGUGCCGACCAAUGAGGCCCCUCCUGUUCGAGGGGGUGGGGGCUGUGUGGCGUUUGACGAAUACGGCACACGUGCUUUUGUUGAGAGUCGCACUGGCAGACAACCACAUGCUGCACGGGCUACCAGUAUUGCGGCCCCGACCACAACUGAUCGUGGUCCGUCGGACCACCCUUGGUUGCUGCCUCCACCGUCACGAGUGGCACAGGGUGUGGCCGCUGACCACAUUGCUACGACGGGCAGACCGGAGCCUUCACGCGUGGCUGCAGAUGCUCGACAGCCUGCUUCCCUAAGUUYCCUUCCUYGAGUUGGGGAACAGGCAAUGCCCGGAUUGGGUGCUUCUGAGCUYCCCAUUCCRGUGUCUGAUUCGUCGCCAACCCCACUUCCACCGACGACAGAUGCUGCUGCAGCUGCUCCACCUGUACUUACCGGUUCAUUGGAUCCUUUGUACCGCAUGMGCGACAUUGCAGCGGCCYAGAGCGCGGCACCUGAGAGUCCUGGUGGGUUGUUGGAYGUCGRGAUCCUUGGCGGGCGAGCCACGACGGGACGUGGYCGUGGCACCUUUCGCCAACAGGCCGUCACGUCGUAUUAUUCGGACACUUUGGAGCAYGCGUGGCAUUUGCAGAUCAUGCGCUUCAUCAUCGAGAGUGGGAUGGAGUUCAACUGCGUUAAGCUUGAAAGCUUCAAACGCAUGUUCGCGAUGAUCAUCCCGUCGGGGGUUCCAGGGGCGCCCACGCCCAAAGUACCCACGUACCACAUGGUGCGCACAUCCCUUUUGGAUGAGUUGGAUGUAGAGGCCCAAAAGUGUGUUCGGCCACUCCUUGACACGGCGAGAGACUUUGUUUGCACAAUCAUGACCGAUGGUUGGACCAACAUUAGGGGUCAGACAUUGUGCAACUACCUUGUUGGGACAAAUUUGGGGGCAGCUUAUGUGGCCACCGACGUCAUGCACGGAAAAAAGGGCGCCACUGCCCGUGCGACUGCAUGGCUGAAGAGGGUAAAGUCCAUGGACGUGGACUUGAGCGACAUCACAGCGUUCGUGAUGGACUCCGCCGGGGUAAACGUUGCAGCGAUGGAGGUUUUCCAGAAGGACGAGAGCGUCAAACACAUCUUCUGGAUUUCAUGCGUCGCUCAUGUGAUGGACCUCAUUCUCGAGGACAUCGACGGGAUUGAUUGGGUGGCCACCCGCAUCGUGCAGGCGAGGUUGGUGACGAGGUUCUUCAAGCGCCAUGGCCACGUACGAGAGGUUUUGGAGUUCUUCUCGACGAAGACCCUUUUACUGCCGGCGGAGACUCGAUUCGGCACUAACGUCAUCAUGAUGACGAGGCUUGUGGACCUGCGGGGAGAGCUCACCCAGCUUGUUGGCGACGACCGGUGGCGUGAGACUGUCUCGUCGACAAGCAAGAUCCGCAACGACGCCGGAGAGGUCACUGCGUGUAUUGGGUCUCCUCCAUGGUGGGAGGAUUUGAGAGUUUUGUGCAAGAUGUUGGAGCCUAUCAUGGAUAUGUUGAAGCUAGUCGAUAGCGACACACGUCAGAUAAGCAAGAUUUUGCGUUGUUACGAGGUUAUGAUCGCAUCUUGCUUGUUUGCGUGUCGCGAUCUCGAUCGGGAGCAGCAGGACACAAUUUUUGAGGUGUUUGACAGGCGGCGCACCAUUUUCCGGACACCCGCCCACACAGCAGCCAUGUUGCUGGAUCUCGAGUUCCGAGACCGGACGUUGAACGACGACGAGGAGGUGCAGCAGGGAUUGAUCGAAGCCCUGGUCUAACCCAAUUUUUUCGGGAACUGGGUGCAUUACUGGCAGGCGGUGGAGGAGGAGGUGGCAGUGGACCAGCAGCUCGUCAGAGGUAGUGGUGCACUGGCGAGGGUGACCGAGGAGGAGUUGGCUCACACCAGAGAGAGGAUGCGCAUCGUUUCCCGCAUGGGAGCCAUGUGCCGGGUGGCAGAGUCCGACAGGAGGCGACGUAGGGGUGGAGCAGGUGGACGUGGGAGGCGUGGGCGAGCAGGUGUCGGAGGGACGAGGCGUGGUGGCAGGACUGCUGCAUCUGGUACUCAUCGACAGCGGGCGGAUGGUUUCAUCCGCAAGGCCCGCCAGCGUUGGGACGAGGGAGACUUCUUGUUCGACAGCUCAUCCAGCGACGACGAGGAUUUCUUUGCAUUGGGGACGCCCGCGCCUACGGACGAUGAGAGAGGCGACGACGACGACAGAGGUGAUGGCGGAGGUGGUGGCGGAGGAGGUGGCGGAGGAGGUGGCGGAGGAGGUGGUGGCGGCGGAGGAGGUGGCGGAGGAGGUGGCGGAGGCAACGACAGAGGUGCCAGAGGAGGAGGCGGAGGAGGAGGUGGCGGAGGCGACGACAGAGGUGCCGGAGGAGGUGGCAGAGGAGGUGGCGGAGGACGUGGCGGAGGCGACGACAUAGGUGUCGAAGGAGGAGGCGGAGGAGGUGGCGGAGGAGGUGGCGGAGGAGGUGGUGGAGUAGGUGGCGGAGGCGACGACUGUGGUGCCAGAGGAGGUGGCGGCGACGAGGGAGAUGACGACAGAGGUCACAGAGGAGGUGGCGGCGACGCGGGAGGUGACGACAGAGUUGAGGGGUGUGAGGGUGACUUUCCUGUGCGUGGUCGUGGGUUCUUCUUGAAGCGGUUGAGACACGGUCCCAGGCAGGAGAACAACAUCGGCUCUCGUGUGUGCAGGCGUCGUCUUGAAACUCUUCACGAUGCGACCGCCACGGACGCACGUGUUGCGCAACACGAGCAGGUUCUCGUGUCUGAGGACUCCCUAGGCGACACAUCGGACAAGGACUUCAUUCCUCAGACUUCCGACGUGAGAGGCGUUGAGCAUCAACCCGAUUUCGUCGAGGGCCCGACCAAGUCUGCAGCGACGAUUUCAGCGCAGGAGGAGAGUGGAGCAGGGUUGACUUGUCCCGAGCUUGCGGCACCCAUUGUAGAUACUGCGGUCGCACAAGAGUCCCAUCGCCAUCUGACACAACCCACGGUCGCGGUUCAUGCGCAAGCUCGAGGAGUGGCAGCCAGUGAUGGGCAGACAAUUCCCGACGGUGAAGGGAAUGUGCCACCUCCUUCCACCGUCGCCUGCACGGGCGCCCAUGGGGCACCCAGCAUCGCGGUCCCCUCCAUAGGCGAGGUAGCACAUCCUCCCACGGCUGACGUUGGUUUGGAGGACGGAGAGGUAACACAUCCUCCCACGGUUGACAUUGGUUUGGAGGACGGAGAGGUUGCACGUACUCCCAAUUGUGCCCAUGAGGGAGAGGUUGCACGUCCUGCCACGGUCAACCACGUUGGCCUCGCCUUCCCCGCUGAAAGUCUUCCGCCCACUGCGGAGUUGCUCGCCAUGGAGUCGGCGUUGUUUGAUCUUCCUGAUGUAUCGACUUUGAUUUCUCCCACUUUGGCAUUUGUGGCACCACCAGCGACUGGUCGAGCGGAUGACGCGGAUGGAGUGCGUAGAGGAUUCGACGAGUUUGCUGGUGACACGAUAUUGCAUCCUGCAGUCUCCGCCACUCCCGCCGUUUUUCAUGUUGGGGCACUGCACGCGGUGGACCAGGUUUGGGAGAUUCAUUUGAGAGAUUGGAAUGCAGAGUAUGCGGCGCAGGAGGGUCAUUGUGCACAGGAUUCCGCACGCGAUGGGUCAUCAUUCCCGGCAGUCUCUCAGGAAGACCCGCACCCAGGCCCGCCACGUUCGGUGCAGGAGACGACUCCCGGCGUUGUCGCCGCGGACGUGGAUGAGGAAAUGCGCAGGGAUGGUACCGUGCACGUUGCAGCGCAACGCAGUCUGGCACGGACAUUGACCACAGAUGGUAGCGUGCCUGCUCGCAGCACUGGGUCGCACUACGAGAAUAGAGGGUCAUCGGCCGCACAGCCUAUCGCUGAGGGGGCCAUCGCACGUGGURUCGAAGGCGAGCAUAGGUGUCACGCGCCUUCSCACCCCCAUGGYGCAKACCCUGUCGUCCACGGUGUSGCGGCGAGCACCGCAUUGCCSACGGUGUCGUUCUACGACGGCGUGACGAGGGACCGGAGGGCAGGCGAUGAGGGACAUGCAUCAGCAUGCGGACUGACAGAUGUGCGUGCGGGGAUGCGAUCCAUAGGCCGCGUCRAUGGUGGUUGUCACRACUCCAUGAGAGCAUACGAGGAGCGACAUGGGAGGCCUUUGMGGGCCAAGACAACGGAUGUCCAYGACACGAGGACGGCGACCGCGAGGUUAUCCCGGGCGAGGAAGAAGGGGACAGGUGCAUCGAUUCCAUAUCACCGUCGCCGUCCACCACCGACUUUUYACGCCAGAGCUCCGACCACACAGAUUCCGGCGACUGGCGGGGCAGUGGCGGAUGGGGGGACAGUCCAAUGUCGUUCAGGGCAAGUCGAGAAGAGACGAGGCGAUGUGGUGAUUUACCAUGAUGACAGCUCCACAGCCGCGGAGGCUGGCGAGACCACAGGCGCCGACGAUCCAGGUGACUCCGAUUAUGUGCCCCGGCGCCCGGCGGCGGAUGGAGAUGAUGGUGGAGGUCGGCGCGUCUGGUAGAGGACAGGACUCGACCAGCACAGGCAGGGGACGCCAUCGGACCCUAUACCGCCUAUUGAUCG